AUGGGCGCUAUGGGCCAGCUAACCCUCAGCGCUGGUGCUGGCUAUCUCCUCCAGCAGGAGCCGGACAUGACGUCGGACCCCAGCACCGGCGCCCCUGCCCCUGCCCACCACGCCUCCUCCCACAACCCCUUGCGUAAUUCCAACAUGGACAACGAUAGAUAUAGUUCGGUGUCGAACGGCGUCUCUGGUCGCCAGGGCGCGGGGCCCGCGGGCCGCCAGGCCCAGCUGGGUCUAUUCUCCCGCGCCUUUGAAAUGUUCACCUCCCCUCCUUCCUCGACGCCAUACCGCCCCAGCAAGACGCUGCAAGACGCCCACCAAGCGAGGCUCAUGGCCCUCCGAGACGCUAGGGUCCAGGAGCCCCAGCCCGGACCCGCCUUAGCCGCGUCUACCUCGACCACAAACGGUAGCAUACACAGCAAACCUCCACCACAGGGCGAGCCCUCUUCAUUUGAUAUUAUCGAGAAGCCAGAGGCGCCGGAGGAACCCGGCAGCGUGCCCCCUCCCGACGAGGUGGAGCAAGACGGACAAAUGGAGCGGCAUCGACGUCAUGAGCGAAGGGGUUGA